AUGCCUCAGGAAGAGACGGCUCUCAGGAUGGACACCCCACCCUCUGAAGAACCCUUAGAUAAGCAAAACAAAAAUCUAGAAAACCAGGAAGAGGAGAUGGAGUUUAAGGAACUAGAUGGUCUGAGGGAAGCCUUGGCAAACCUCCGGGGACUGUCCGAAGAGGAGAAGAGUGAGAAGGCGAAGCUGUACUCCCGCAUCCAGGAGCAGUCCCAGCUCAUCUGCAUCCUGAAGCGGAGGUCAGACGAGGCCCUGGAGCGCUGCCGGAUCCUGGAGCUGCUCAACACAGAGCUGGAGGAGAAGAGGAUGCAGGAUGCUGAGAAGCUGAAGGCCAAGAGCGAGCAGGCCCAGAGGCUGGAGGAACGCUUUAUGACCCUGGCAGCCAACCAUGAGUUGAUGAUCCGCUUCAAGGACGAACACAAAAGUCAGAACAUCAAGCUGAGAGAGGAGAAUGAGAAGCUGAGGAUGGAGAAUGACCACCUCUUCAGCCAGGCUCUGAAGGACCAGGAGGCCAAAGUAUUGCAGCUCACUGCCCGGAGUGAGGCCCUCACCAAGGAGCUGGAGUCUCUGAAACAGAGGAGCGCUCAGGAGGCCUGCCAGGCCCAGGCCCGAGAGAAGGAACUGCUGGAGCUGUUCCAGAGCCAGCAGGCCUGCGCCCACACCAAGGACACAGAGCAGCUGCGCAACCAGCUGCAGAGCCUCAAGCAGCAGCACCAACAGGCCAUGGAGCAGAUGGCCAAGGCCGAGGAGGCACACAGCCAGCUGAACCAGGAGCUGCAGGCCAGGCUGCAGACCGUCACUUGUGAGAAAGACGAGCUGUUGCAGCUGUCCAUGGAGAGGGGCAAGGUGCUUCAGAACAAGCAAGCAGAGAUCCGCCAGCUUGAGGAGAAGUUGGAGACGGCCGAUGUGGCCAGGAGGCGUGCGCUAGAGCGGUUUGAACAAGAGGCAGUGGCCGUGGACAGUAACUUGAGAGUCCGCGAACUCCAGCGCAGGCUAGAUGGGAUCCAGAAGGCCUAUGAUGAACUCAGGCUGCAGUCAGAAGCCUUCAAAAAGCACAGCCUGGAUCUUUUAAGCAAGGAGAGAGAACUCAACGCCAAACUCCGCCAUCUCUUUCCAUAAGGAAGCUUCUGGUUCCUCUGGCCUCCAAUAUAGAAAUCAAGUAUUUGUGCCUUGUGGCAAGAGUAAAGAUGGGAUUCCAUUUAUUCUACUUUUAAGUACAAGAGACCACUCAAAGAAAAACUACUUUACAAUGACAUUGUUGUUGCCAUUGUCAGGAUAACACCAAUUUUCAGUCCUACCACCUAGAAUACACGAGAUUAACCAAAUUUCUUUCUGUGCCUUUGAAAUCUUCCUAAGUUUGCUAUCAGUAUCUCCACCUCCCCCAUAACUCAUUCAUUCUCAACCUCAGGUAUCUUCAUGUGUCCUAAGUUUUAAAAUUAGCAGCCAUUAUGGA